GGCCUGCCUGUGAGUUAAAAGGCGAUGCGCCCCGGGUCCCCUGGUGUUCCUGUCCCCAGCGCUCCCGGUGCUGCCCACCCCACGCCAUGUGCGCCGCUAAGCUGGCGGGGGCCGCGGCCCCGCGCUCCGUGCACGCGUUCUCUGCGCGCCCGCUGACCGGCGGGGAGCCCGUGAGCCUGGGCUCGCUGCGGGGCAAGGUGCUGCUCAUCGAGAACGUGGCCUCGCUCUGAGGCACGACGGUGCGCGACUACACCCAGAUGAACGAGCUGCAGCGGCGCCUCGGGCCGCGGGGCCUGGUCGUGCUCGGCUUCCCGUGCAACCAGUUCGGGCACCAGGGGCGCCGGGCGGGGCAGGCCGGGGGCGGCGGGGCGAAAGAGGCAGGAGCCAUGCAGGCGCACCCCCUCUUCGUUUUCCUGCGGGGGCUGCCCGCGCCCAGCGACGACGCCGCGGCGCUCAUGACCGACCCCAAGCUCGUCACCUGGUCCCCCGUGUGCCGCAACGACGUGUCCUGGAACUUCGAGAAGUUCCUGGUGGGCCCGGACGGCGUGCCCGUGCGCAGGUACAGCCGCCGCUUCCCCACCAUCGACAUCGAGCCCGACAUCGAAGCCCUGCUGGCCCAGGCCCCCGGCAGUGCCUAGGGCGCCCCUCACCCACCGGCCUCUGGGGGGGUUUAUCCAUGACGGUGUUGCCUCUAAACCCACGCGGAGGAAUGCCUGAUGUCCAGCCAAA